AUGAAUAUCCACAGCAAGGAAGUGAUGGAGUCCAGCAGCUGUCCAGCACACUGUCUGAGGGUCAACAUUUGCGACAGCUCUUUCUUUGUUGAUAAAAGCCUUCUGGCUGACAAGUGUGAGUACUUCAGAGCCUUGUUCCAGUCAGGCAUGAGAGAGUGCCAGCAGGAACAGAUCCAGCUGCAGGGUGUGGGGGCACUGGGCUUUCCGCUCAUGCUGCGGGUCCUGAGCGGGGAGCAACCCGUGCUGAGUGCUGACCAGAUCGUGGAGGCCAUCGAGUGUACGGCUUUUCUGCAGGUGCCGGAUCUCACCGCGCACUUGAUCAAUACGGUCAAUUCUGAGAACUGCCUCCUCAUGUAUCACACAGCUGCCACGUACGGUGUGUGGGAGCUCUACCACUGCUCAGCCUUAUUCAUCAGAGAUAUGUACACUGAGCUGGAGGAGGAUCUGCACACCUUACCCAACACGCUGGUAGAGCACAUCCAGUCCCUGCUCCCGAGCACCUACAUGGCAGUGUGCAGCCAUUCUCCAUGCACAGAGCUGCUACAGGACCUGCAGAGGACCGUGUGCUACCUGGACGAGGACAGCAGAGAGUGGAAGGUGCUGACUCAUCUACCUGUGAGCACAAGCACCACCAUGGCGGGCGUGGCCGUCCUGGACAACAAACUUUACAUCAUUGGAGGAGUGCAUGAUGUGAGCAAGAAGGUGGUAGAGUCUGGCUUCUGCUACAGCCCUGCAGCCAACACUUGGACCACCUUCUGUGGCUCCCAGCAGCUGCGCUACAACCUCACUCUGAUCGGCCACGAGGGCUGCCUGUACGCCCUGGGAGGUGAGAACAACAUGAAGGCCCUGUCGUCUGUGGAGAGAUUCAGUGUGAAUAGUGAAAGUUGGGGAUUUAUCUCCCCCCUCCCCUGCCCUGCAGCCCUGGUGGUGUCUGCUGUAGCCAUGAGCAGGAUCUUCAUCUGUCUGUGGAGAGGGAAGGGAGCCACAGACAUACACGAGUACGUGUCCGAGCGCAACCAGUGGCCUCUGGUCACCACGCUCAUCCGGGAGCACAGUUAUGCUCUUUACAUGGUGGCCCAUAAGGAUAAUCUGUAUGUGAUGCGCAAUGGACCCUGUGAUGACUUCUUACUGUGUGUGAUGGACUGCUACAACCUGAGCUCAGGCCAGUGGACGGCCAUGUGUGGCCAGUACGGGAACAGUAAAGGCUCUCUGCUCACUGCUGUGGUGAGAGGAGACUCUGUGUUCACACUCAGCCGCCACGUGACCACAGAGUAUACUGUGGAGGAUUACAAAUGGAGAGUGAAGCGUGAGAUGAAAGGUUUUGGUAGGAUUGGAUCGAUACAUACAUUUCUGAUGAGGCUGCCUAAAGCCACCGUCUCCAACAUGGAAAACUCUCCAGAGCUGACCCGGAAUCAAACCCUCAAAGCCUGUCCCAGGUUCUCCCCACAGUGCUCUGAUAACUAA